AUGGCUGGCGAUAAGGCUAGCUCGAGCACGGCUCGCACACCCGCGAAGCCGGCACCCAAGCCAACUAGCUCUGCCUCUGCAUCAGCAAAGCAGCGCUCCAUCAUGAGCUUCUUCCAGAAGUCGUCACCCGUCGCCAGAUCCUCGCCUGCCGCUCGUGAAAAGGUCUCCCCCGAUCCUCAACAUUCUUCAUGUCUGCAAGAGACCACCAAAGCCAACUCUCUGCCCAAGCCGAAGCCAUCGACGAAGCUCUCUACGCCCGUCCCUAGCAGCGACGCCAUCGAGCCGCCCAGUUCGCAGGAGAAUGCUGGUUCUGUUUCCGCCACAAAGACUACCAGUCGCAACCUGCUGUCACCAACAACCAUGACUCCACGCACGAGGUCUACAAACGAUGUGACUCCGAAAGCAGUGCAAUGCGGCACUCCAACCCGAAAGACGAAGAAGAUUGUCAGUUAUGCCGAAUCGUCCGAUGAUGAAGAGCCCUUCAAUUAUUCAAGCAGGUCCCAAACUCGGCGUGGUCGAGCUCGUCGGACUGUUAAAGACGAAGAUGAGUUUGACGAAGACGGUGUAGCGUCCCAAGAGGAGGAGGAUGACAUGGGAGAUUUCAUCGCCUCUGAUGACUCCAACGACCUCCCGCGGACCAAGAAGCGAAAGCGCCCUGCAAAAGCUGCGACAGCACGAAAACGAUCCAACGUCUCACCACCCGCAGACACCAGACAAGAAUCUCCGAUCCAUGAUGUAGAUGACGAGCUAAUGACUGACAUUCCUACAACUUCGACCACUUCACAAUGGAAUUAUGAUCCCGAGUCUACUGAGAAGCGACCUGUCGUAACGCCUGCUGAGCGUGCUGCCGCCAAAGACCCCAAACGCAAGGAGAAAGCGCACACAAAAGAGCCCGAAGAUCGCUACCCAUGGCUAGCAAACAUUCGGGACAAGGAGAAGCGUGCUCCUAGCGAUCCAGAGUAUGAUCCCAGAACCAUCUACAUUCCGCCCAUGGCCUGGAACAAGUUUUCGCCCUUUGAAAAGCAGUACUGGGAGAUUAAACAGAACCUGUGGGAUACAAUUGUCUUCUUCAAAAAGGGCAAAUUCUACGAGCUAUAUGAGAACGACGCUACUAUUGGACACCAGGAAUUCGACUUCAAGAUGACUGACAGAGUCAAUAUGAGAAUGGUCGGGGUUCCGGAAAGCUCUUUGGAUCAUUGGGUCAACCAAUUUAUUGCAAAGCAGUACAAGGUUGCGAGAGUCGAUCAAAUGGAGACUAACCUUGGGAAGGAGAUGCGUGAGCGCCAAGAUAGAAGCGGAAAGAAGGCUGACAAAGUCAUUUCCCGCGAACUGUCAUGCGUACUCACUGCCGGUACCCUCGUUGAUGGCAGCAUGCUCCAAGACGACAUGGCUGCGUAUUGUGUUGCAAUCAAGGAGUCAGUGGUCGAUGACUUGCCUGCAUUUGGCAUUGCCUUUGCAGACACUGCCACAGGGCGUUUCCAGCUAUCAGGGUUUACUGACGAUGUUGACCUCACAAAGUUUGAGACCUUUGUUGCGCAGAUCGCCCCCCGUGAACUUUUGAUUGAGAAGUCCCAUCUCUCUACUAGAGCGUUGCGGAUUCUCAAAAACAAUACCAGCCCAACCACGAUUUGGACACACUUGAAGCCUGGGUCCGAAUUCUGGGACGCAGAUACUUCCAGGCGAGAACUGAAGUGUGGCAACUACUUCACCACUCAAGAGGGUGAAGAUGAUGUUUGGCCAGAAGUUCUGCAGCAGUACAAGGACGAUGACUUGGUCAUGUCUGCCGUGGGAGCGUUGGUGUCAUACCUAAAGUUCCUACAGUUGGAGCGACCACUUCUUUCUCAAGGAAACUUUGAGAAGUAUAGCCCGAUUCAAAAGAAUGGAACCCUGGUUCUGGACGGACAGACUCUGGUGAACCUAGAGCUGUUUUCAAAUACGUCGAAUGGUAGUUCUGAGGGAACUUUAUUCAGCCUACUUAACAAGUGCAUAACUCCCUUUGGAAAACGACUAUUCCGCCAAUGGGUAGCUCAUCCUUUAUGCGACAUUCAACGGAUCAAUGAGCGAUUGGAUGCAGUGGACAUGUUGAAUGCCGAUCCCACGGUUCGCGAACAGUUUGCAUCCCAGCUCGUUAAGAUGCCAGAUUUGGAGCGACUCAUCUCCCGAAUUCACGCUGGGGCUUGCAAACCGGAAGACUUCGUACGAGUGCUAGAAGGGUUCGAGCAAAUAGAAUUCACUAUGGGCCUUCUCCAAGCAUUCAAAGGAGGAAACGGCCUCGUUGACCGACUCAUUUCAUCCAUGCCCAAUCUCGAAGAGCCUUUGACGUACUGGAAGACAGCGUUUGAUCGUCGAAAGGCCAGAGAAGACAAGAUAUUAAUCCCCGCACGCGGUAUUGAACCAGACUUUGACGACAGUUUGAACCAAAUGGAAGAGAUCAAGGACCAGCUGAAUGAUUUGCUGAGCGAGAAGAAGGGAGAACUGAAGUGCAGGACGCUAAAGUUUACCGAUGUCGGCAAGGAGAUCUAUCAAAUCGAAACCCCCAAGAGUGUAAAAGUUCCCUCUAGCUGGCGACAAAUGUCCGCGACAAAGGACGUCAAACGAUGGUACUUCCCACAGCUCACCCAGCUUGUCAGGGAGCUUCAAGAGGCUGAAGAGCUCCAUUCCCAACUUGUCCGAGAAAUCGCGUCGCGGUUGUUCCAAAAGUUUGACGUUGACUACAAUACCUGGCUGCUUGCGAUUAAGAUUGUGGCGCAAUUGGAUUGUCUGGUCAGUUUGGCCAAGGCCUCGAAUGCUCUGGGGCAGCCAUCGUGCAGACCCCAAUUCGUCGAUGAGGAGCGCAGCUUUGUUGAUUUCGAAGAGCUGCGGCAUCCAUGCAUGAUCAACGCUGUUGAUGAUUUUAUCCCUAACGAUGUUAAACUGGGUGGCGACCAAGCCAAAAUCAACCUGUUGACUGGUGCUAAUGCGGCCGGAAAGUCGACCGUACUGCGAAUGUCCUGCGUGGCUGUGAUCAUGGCGCAGAUUGGAUGCUAUGUUCCAGCGGUGUCUGCUCGCCUUACUCCUGUCGAUCGUAUCAUGUCCCGUCUGGGAGCCAACGACAACAUUUUCGCCGCACAGUCUACCUUUUUCGUAGAGCUUUCGGAAACCAAGAAGAUUCUAUCAGAAGCUACUCCACGCUCACUUGUGAUUCUUGAUGAACUUGGUAGAGGAACAAGUUCUUACGAUGGUGUUGCCGUUGCCCAGGCCGUGCUGCAUCAUGUCGCAACUCACAUUGGAUGCGUGGGCUUCUUCGCCACUCACUAUCAUUCCUUGGCUACCGAGUUUGAGAAUCACCCCGAAAUUAGAGCAAGGCGAAUGCAAAUUCAUGUAGACGAUGCAGAACGAAAGGUAACAUUUUUGUAUAAGCUCGAGGAUGGGGUUGCUGAGGGAAGUUUUGGUAUGCACUGCGCGGCCAUGUGUGGCAUUUCCGAUCGGGUCAUUGAGAGAGCAGAGGUUGCUGCCAGGGAUUGGGAGCACACCAGCCGUUUAAAGGAGAGCCUGGAGAAGGCAAAGACCGGCUGCUACAUUCCGCUGGGAAUUCUGAGCGAUAUUGGUAGUCUCUUGGGGGGAAAAGGGGAUAUCGGCGAUAAAGGCGUUGAUGUGCUUCUGAAAGCUGUCGAAUGUCUGUGA